AUGUCUCGUAUUGGCAGUGACAUGGCAGGGCAGUUACGCACUCCAACUCUCCUGCACCGCCGCCUUGGUCCACCCGUCCAGAAAGUGCAGCUUGAUGAUGCAGUUGGAUGGAUGGGAUGGCCUGGUUGCCUUUGCUGGUUGGACCGAAUAGCACAACUAAUGAAAAUAAACCACCCCAGGUCUAUGCACGCCGCGACGCUAGCCAUCCUGGGCAAGGACCAGACCAUUUUGGCAGCCAUGAUCGGCUAUGCUCCAAUUUAUGUUCAUCAGCUCGCAGGACACGGCGCUGCACAUGUCCUUGGGCAUGCAUGCACAAGCCAAUGCAAGGCGCACAACCCACACCACACAACCUGGAGAGAUGAUGUGCGAGGAUUGACGAAAGGGAAUGAAGGGAAGGGCAUCAUCAAGGCAGGGAAGGUUGCUACCAGACAUCAAUCAAUAACCGCCAAACAUCGUGGGGUUCAUGAGUGGUCAUGGCCGAACCCAAAUCUUUCGCUUACAUGGACUAGAUGGAGCACUUACACCACACUGCCGGGUGCGUUGAACCAAGGCAAGAUGAUGCAGAUCGCCGUCAGUACGAAUAUCUGUACAUGA